AUCAUAUCUAGAAUAGCCUAAUUAUAAAAUAAAUGGAUUCGUAAGACCGUAUUCUCGAACAUUUUAAUGGAGUAAAAAAAAUAGAUCUAGAUCAACCUUAGAUAUUAGAUCUAUAUUUAGUCAUCUAACCUUAUAUUUUUGAAUUGUUGCUAGAGUACAUCCAUAAAAUCAUUAAAAUGUAUGAUGCUAAUGAACAAGCCAGUGAAAGUUUGACACAGUUGAAAGAAGAAACAGAUAUACCAAACAACAGUGUAGAAAAUACAAAACAUGAAACAAUUGAAAAGUUAGGCAGCACAAGAAAUGCUCUUUUAAUACUAGCGCUCAUUUUUUGUUGUGCCUUAUUGGCAUUGGUUGUGGUUUAUGCAAACUUUCCAAAGUUGGAGGAGGAUGAAGCUCAAUACAUUAAAGUACCAAGGAAUAUUGAUGAUGCCAAAAACUUGGGUCAAAUUUUACAUCGGUACAAAGAAAAAUACUACCAUCAAGUAUUAAUGGGAUUUUUUGUUGUCUAUAUAUUCUUACAAACAUUUGCCAUUCCAGGUUCUAUAUUUCUCAGUAUCAUAUCAGGGUUUUUAUACCCCUUUUAUCUAGCAUUGCCAUUAGUCUGUCUGUGUUCAGCCAUUGGAGCCUCCUUUUGCUAUCUUCUUUCUUACAUGGUUGGAAGGAGAAUUGUACACAGGUAUUUCCCCCAAAGAGCAGCUGAUUGGAGAAAACAUGUGGAUAACCACAGAGAGCAUCUGUUCAACUACAUGCUGUUUCUAAGAAUAACACCGUUUCUACCAAACUGGUUUAUUAACAUAACUUCGCCUGUGAUUGAUGUCCCGCUCACUGCAUUUUUCAUUGGAACAACAUUAGGAGUCGCACCUCCAUCCUUUGUCUUCAUCCAAGCUGGGAAGACACUGCACAAGUUGUCAAGCACAAGUGAAGCCAUGUCCUGGGGAAAUAUUGGCUUGCUGGCAGUCUUUGCACUUGUGGCCUUGCUCCCCGUGCUGUUUAAGAACAAACUGAAGGCUAAAUUACAAUAACAUUUUCCUUUUUUUUUUUUGGUGCCAUAUGAAGAUGAAAAGGUACAACUUGUUGAUUAGCCAUUUGCUCAUACUUGUAUUGGUGUAAUUGCAAAUAACAUUCCUGCAUCCUUAAUCCUAUGGAUUUAAGUAUUAUGUGCAAUACAGGAUAUCUCGAUAUGAAAUUAUUGCCAUGUAAUCACUUUAUUCCUUAUCCUUGUGAUUAAAGAACUAAUCCCUAGGAUUAAAGUAUUAUUUGCAAUACAAUACACAAGAUCUAAGUAUGGUUAAUUCGAGCCCUAAUCCUUAGGAUUAAUGUAUUAUUUGCAAUACAAUACACAUGAUAUAUGUAUGGCUAAUUAAUAAGAAAAAAAAAUAGUGCUGGGUUGGGGAGGGGGACUUUAAUUUUAUAUUUCAGUCACAUAAUGAACCUGCACAAUGGAAAAAUGUAUUUGGUGUUAUACCUUCAGCAGUGGUCCAAAGUGGAUUCUCCAAUGGUAGAGGUCUCUAGAGGACAAUGAAGAUGCCAGGCAGUAUAAGUGAAACAUUGUAAACAAAAGCUCAACUAGUUUACAUUGUGUAGGCCUACAUUCAAAUAAACUUUUU